AUUCCUGUCAUUGCAAUAGAAAAUCAUCAAAAUGUUUGGUUCAAAAUCUUUACUGAGUUGCAAAAGGGCAGGUUCUCUCUGUCUUUUCUAUGCAACCAAAUCCAAAAGCACCAAAAACUACGCUGUAAUAGGAGUGGUAAAGUACAACAAGGAAAACAAAUCAUUGUUUGGUGACUUGUUAGAGACCCGAGCUCAACGGAGAAAAACUCUCAAAAAGGAGCAUGAGGCGACUACUAGCGAUGAAAAGAGACAUUUGAAAGAGAAAUGUGGAGGACUUCUGGGAGAAACUACCAUCAAAUCAGCUUUAAAAACUAGUCGAAAACUAAAACCAAAGUCGAAAUCUACCAAAAAUAGUGUUAGUGGUGAAUCUUCCUCUACAGCGGCGAAAGCUAAUGAUGUUGGACAAUUAUUAGGAAUUGGAAGUGGUGAUAGCUGUGUCAAGUCAACCGAGAAGAGUUCAGAAAGAUUGAAUCCAGUUGAAGUAAAUGUACAAAAUUCAAAAAUUGAUGAUAACACUAUUGGAAAACUUGCAGAGGUUCCACAAGUCACAAGUUUGUUUCCUUUAAUCAAUUUGAAUAAAUCUCAGUUGAAGUAUGAAGACUGUGUUGAGCCUGUGAUUAAUAUUAGUUAUGAAAGUCUAUGCAAGAAUGUGAUAUCCAGCCUGCCGUCGGUGGGAAAGAUUCUCAGCGAAACAAUGCCAGCCGCAGCUAAAGCAGCUCUUGAAAGAUGGAAGAAAAAUAUGGUCGAUCAGUUAGGCGAAGAAGGAUUUCAGAAACUUAAUAAAGAAAAUCUUGGAAGAGGAAAAUUGUUCCAUGAUUACGUCAGCCGAUACUUAGUUGGUGAAACAUUCGACCACGAAUUGCCCGAAAAAGUUCAGCAUUAUUUCAAGAGUUUGGCUGCAGUUUUUCCUAAUAUCUCUGAAGUGAAAGUUGUCGAAAGUCAUGUUGCUCAUCCAGAAUUAAAUUACUGUGGCUUCAUUGAUUGUGUAGCCAAAUACAAUGGAACACCCGUUGUGAUAGAAUGGAAACUCGCCGAAAAGCCGAAACCCGACAUCCGCUCAACUUAUGAUGCUCCCCUUCAAAUGUGUGCAUAUCUGGGUGCCUUGAAUUACGAUAACAACUACAACUUCCCUGUGGCCAGUGGAGUAGUAGUGGCUGCCUACACUGAUGGUUCACCGGCCAAUGUAUUCUACCUCCCAGAACAAAAGUGUCUCAAGUAUUGGGAAAGUUUCCAGAUCAGACUGCAAGAGUAUCAAAAACUGAAAUCUGUGAAACUGAAAUAAAUAUGAUUAAUCUAUCAUU